AUGAAAGCCUUCGACAACAAGCUGUGGAGAUCCCUGGUUUUCCCAAAAGGUUAUGAAUUUUCCAAAAGUUCUUGGGGUCUCUUCAAAGAGACAGACCAGUUGGAGGCCGAGCAAUCGAAGCUGCAAAAGGAGAUUGCGGAGCUGCAGAAGCAGAAAGAGCGCUUGGAGCUGGUGCUGGAAGCCCACCGUCCGGCCUGCAAAGUCCAAGGGCAGUCGCCGGGCAAAGAAAAAGAAGGUGGCGACCAGACGACAACAAUCAAGCAGGAAUCCCCUCCGGGGCCCAGUGUCCCACGCCGGGCCGCCCCAGUGCCUCCCAGCAUCACUUUACCGCCCAGCGGCCCCUUGGAGCCCGAAGCCCUGCACACCCCGACCUUGAUGUCCACCCCUUCCUUGACCCCCUUCACCCCGAGUUUAGUUUUCACUUAUCCGGCUCCCGGCGACCCCGAAGCACCGUCCGGUUCGGGAUUCCCGCAAGAGCCCUGCUCUUCUGCCCAUCGGCGCAGCAGCAGCGGCGACCAUUCCUCCGAUUCUCUCAAUUCGCCCACUUUGUUGGCACUCUAAGACAGUCAUCAUGGAGUACCGGGUGCCAGCUUUGCUUCUGCCUCGGGUCGUGGUUUGGACUGUC